AUGGCUUCUGAGCAAGAUAUAUCGGCAGAAAAUGGUCAACCUCUUCCAUCACCCGCUCCCUCACCGCCACGGCCAAUCAAGAAGGAAGAUCCUGAACUCCCCGAGACCAGGGCGCAAUGGCUCUUUGUUGAACGAACCAUCCUGCAGCAAGAUACCCGCACAUGCUGCGCCGAGGAUUGCGGUCGUGAGCUCGAUCAGGGUCGGUAUCAAGUGGCCGCCUGCCCUAGCAGUGAUAACAGACUGGCUGGUACCACUCCCUACGCAGUGUUUCAUACUCUCACCGAACAGACUCUCGAGACCAGGACGCUAACUGACCAUGGCUUUGUUCUUCAGACAUUUACCAUGUCGAGUGUUUCGAGCAUACGUACGAUUUGUAUGAUCCCGUUACUCUCGGUUGCCUUUGGCCUCUGA